AUGUCAAAACGUAGUAGUUCGACGAAAGGAACUAAAAAGGAUGGUAAGAAGGAGAAAAAAGGUUCAAAAAGUCUCGAUGUGAAUGAUGCUAAAAUUGAAGCAUUAAUUCACGAACGAGAAGCGAUGCGUACAAAAUUGAAUAUUCUUUGUACAAAAAUAAUUGAAAACGUUAAUGUUGAUGAUUUUUCGGAAUAUAAAGAUAUGACCGAGACUAAAAUGCCAUCCGAUUGUUCAAUUCAAACGCUCUUAGCAAUGAUCGAUCAAAUAUGUCAAUUUCGAAUUGCAUUUCUUACUUUAUACAGUGAAAUUGAUAAUGGAAUACGUGUACCGAUUACUGAGAAAAUAACACAAUUAGCCAUUGAAAAACCAGAACUAUUUCGAAAAAAAUUAAAUCCAGAACAACGAUUAACAUUUGUUAUGAAAGAACGAGAUAAGUGGAAAGAAAAUGCACAAAUUUUACAAAUAAUGUAUGCAACGAUUGGUGUGUUACAGAACAAAAAUAUUAAAGUAUUCGAUAUAUUAGCAACACAUCGUUUAAAUUUAACCGAUGUUUCUCUCAUAUUCAAUUCACCCAUCAUUCAGUCAAUCGACGGAGCACAAAAAGUACGAGUAAAAAAAAAUCUUGAUAAUGAAUUGAGUAAAUUGAGAGAAAAACACGCAUUUUUCGAUCUAACAAAUACCGAAGAUACACGAGAAGAGCAAAAAUUACAAGAACAAGUACAACAAUUAGUGUCCAUACAACAUAAUAUAGCAGAUACAUUCACGAGUCGUCAAAAUAGUACUUCAAAAAAACAAAUAAGAUCCAUUGUACAAAAUCAAAAUGCAAAUGAUUAUGAUCAGCUAGAACAACGACAAUUAACACAUACUCAAUCUAAACGAUCUGUUUCAUUUGCUGAUGAAGUAAAUAUAUUAAACGAAAAUAAUCUCUCAUCUCAUAAUAAUGAAACAUUUCAAACAGAACAUUCACAUGCAAAUUUAUCAUCGACAAAUUCUUCCCUAACUAAUGUACAAUUGAACAAUGAUCUUAAAACGAAUAAUUAUGAUUCAUCUGAUCAAUUAUCACCUACGUCUUUAUCAUCCUACAAUUCAUCUAAUCAAAAUCAAGACCGACCAAAAUCAUCAACAAUGAUCAAACGGCUACCAUUCGCUACAACAACACAAGUAACAAGAAUGGAUCCAAAUUUAAAAAUGUUAAUUAUUAAAGAACUAAGUAAACAACCGCAAACAAAUGGUUUAUCACGUUCUGUAUCGUCAAAUGGUUACAGUAAGAGUUACUCGUCAAAUAAUUGUUACAAGGACCAAUAUCAUCAACGUGUUAAUUAUCAUCACAAUAUGGUUGAUCGUGAUUGGAAAGUAUUUGCUAAAAUCAUCGGCAUUGACGAAUCAGAAAUCGAACAUUGGCACUCUCAACAAUUACAGUAUCCAAUGUCACGAGUCAUUAGUGCAUGGUGUACAUAUGGAGAGAGUAAUCCCACCGUAGCUCAACUACACUCAAUUGUCUCAUCAAACGAAUUAAAUAGACAAGAUUUAGCUCGAUUUAUCGAGCAAAUGUAUGUUGUAUAG